CCCGUGGGUCCAUCCCGGUUCCGGUCGCCGCGGCUCCCCGGGGCUCCCACGAGGAAAGUUUGCCCCCGACGCUUCCGGGGCCGCCCGCGCCCUCCAGGCCCGGCGCAGCUCCAGGGGACAGCGGAGCCGCGAUGCCUGGGACUGGCACCGGCACUCGGGGAUCCUCCGCCGGAGACGGGUGGUUAAGGCUGGCGGAGCUGGCGCUGGUGCUCCUGGGCUGCGUCUUGUCGGGGUCGCUCCCCUCUUCGGCGUCUUCUUCCACCCCGGGAGCCGGGUCCACGCCGCCGCCGCCGCCACAGCUGGCCGGCCAGUGCCCGGCGCCUUGCGAGUGCUCCGAGGCAGCGCGCACCGUCAAGUGCGUGAACCGCAACCUGGAGGAGGUGCCCGCCGACCUGCCCCCCUACGUGCGCACCCUCUUCCUCACCGGCAAUAAACUGGAGGCGCUCCCGCCCGACGCUUUCGCCCGCCACCCGCCGCUGGCCGAGCUGGCCGCGCUCAACCUCAGCGGCAGCGGGGUACGGGAGGUGCGCCCCGGCGCUUUCCAGCACCUGCCCAACCUGCGCCAGCUCGACCUCAGCCACAACCCGCUGGACCUCCUGAGCCCCGGGGCCUUCUCCGCCGGCAAUGCCAGCCGCGCAGCGCCCGCCGGCCCUCUGCUGGAACUCAUCCUGAACCACGUCGUGCCUCCCGAGGCCCAGCAGGAAAAUCGGAGUUUCGAGGGCAUGUUGACAGCAGCCCUGGAAGCAAACCAGGCUCUCCGAGGGCUUCGCCGCUUGGAACUGGCUAGCAACCGCUUGCUCUACCUGCCCCGCGACCUGCUGGUCUCACUGCCCGACCUCAGGCACCUGGACCUGCGCAACAACUCGCUGGUGAGCCUGACCUACGUCUCCUUCAGCAACCUGACGCACCUCGAGAGCCUCCACCUGGAGGACAACGCCCUCAAGGUCCUGCACAAUCGUACCCUGACCCAGUUGCAAAGCUUGCCCCAUGUCAGGGUCUUCCUGGACAGCAAUCCCUGGGUCUGCGACUGUCAGAUGACGGACAUGGUAGCCUGGCUCAAAGAGACCGAGGUUGUGCCCGGCAAAGCCAGUCUCACCUGUGCAUUCCCAGAGCAGAUGAGGAAUCGAGUCCUCUUGGAACUCAACAGCUCCUACCUGAACUGUGACCCCAUCCUUCCCCCAUCUCUGCAGACGUCUUACGUCUUUUUGGGUAUUGUUUUAGCUCUGAUAGGCGCUAUUUUCCUCCUGGUGUUGUAUCUGAACCGCAAGGGGAUAAAAAAGUGGAUGCAUAACAUUCGAGAUGCCUGCAGGGAUCACAUUGAAGGCUAUCAUUAUAGAUAUGAAAUCAAUGCGGACCCCAGGUUAACAAACCUCAGUUCUAAUUCUGAUGUCUGAGGAACAAUCGAGGACUGAGCAAGGGCAGCUAUGCAUGCGAUGUAGGCACAAGCUAUUUUUUUCUGUUCUAGGCUUUUUUUCCACCUCCACAUUCAACUUUAGACAACACUGACCUUGCUUGGAAGCUGUGAGGGGAAUUUGCUCCCUUGUUAGAUGAUUCUUUUUUAUUUUGUUGGUAUGCUCUGUUCCUGUGAGGCCAUGAACAACUGCAUAAUGUUUUACCCUCCUCUUCCUUUGCUUGGAACUACUUAGCACAGAUUGGAGAAGUCAAGUCAC